AUGAUAGACGCGUCUCUUCUUAGAGAUUAUGAAAUUAAGUCAACGCUUGGUGAAGGUGAAUACUCAAAGGUAUGCUUUGCAAUUCACAAGCCUACUGAAACAAAUGUUGCAAUUAAAAUUAUUAGAAAAACAUCAAUUGAUACAAUGAAAAUAGAGUAUUUCUUAAACAAAGAGAUUUGCAUUAUGAAAGAAGCCGUCCACCCAUUUAUUUGCAGGUUUUAUGAAGCAUUUGAAUCCGAUUUGUUUAUUUAUAUCGUAAUGGAAUACAUUUCUGGCGGAACCUUGCUUGAUGAAAUCUACAAAUCUGGUAAGAUGAAUGAAAGGGAUGCAUCAAUUAUAUUCUCAGAACUAAUGCUGGCAAUAUCUUAUUUACAUAAACAUUGUCAUGCUGCACACCGAGACAUAAAGGCCGAAAAUAUACUAUUGGACGAGAAUCACAACAUCCGAUUAAUCGACUUUGGGUUUUCCAAUCUGUUUUCAAAGGAUAACCUUAUGACCACUCAAUGCGGAUCCAUUUAUUAUGCUGCACCAGAGUUAAUAGUCGGCCAAGAGUAUACUGAAAAGAUUGACGUUUGGAGUGCAGGCAUUCUCCUUUAUUUACUUGUUACUGGUUCUUUUCCAUUUUCUGACUUUGGUGUGACCAACCUUGCCCAAAAAAUCGUCUAUGAUGAUAUCGUUUAUCCUUCUCAUCUCAGUUUACAAGUUAAGGAUUUGAUAUCAAGAAUGCUCAUUAGAAAUCCUAAAGAGAGGAUUACAGUUGAUGAAAUAUUGAGUCAUCAGUGGGUCAGAACUAUGGAAGCAGACAUUGCAUCAAUGAUUGAUGGAAUUUGUAUCGCUGACAAUAUGAUAUCUCAUGAACAGCAGAAAUACAAAUGUGAGGACUUUGUAUGCAAGGAUUUAAUGAAAAACAUUAUCGUUGGAGCUAUUUUCAAGACAAGAAUCAAAUCUGCUUUUUAUAUGUCUCAAACCAAGCCAAAUUCAUCAAAAUCACAGCCAACUUUGGCAUUAGAACAGAAAUAUCGCGGAAUUAUUACACCUCAAGCGAGAAGAAGAGAAAAGAGAGCAAAGAUUAUGCCUCCUCUCAUUCGUGGUUACAGAAAGUCAAUCAACUAA